AUGAGCUCCACAUCUGACGACGUGAGUUCCGUGGAAGCUUGGAAGGAAGUUCUUCGCGGCGUGCUGCUCCAAUUGGUGGGCGAGGUUCAAGAUGUAGAAUUGGUGUGUACUAGAUGCAAGCCCAGCGCGCCGACAUAUGCCUUUCCAUCUUUGGAAGGUAGCUUUUUCGGAGCCUAUGCUGAUCCAACGACUUGGGACGGCUUGGAAUUCGCCUUCAAGGUUGUGGCUUCUGAUCUGAAUGACCUGGAGCCGGUGCGAGAAACUCUUUUGCUCGAGGCCGAGUCUGGCGGAGCUCGCCAUGUGCUGCCCAUGUUAGCAGAGCAGCUUUGCCGCGACGACUUGCCAAUUCCGAAGCACCUCAAGGUGCGCAUCGUGAUUGGCGACCCUGUCUGA